UAUCAUUUUGCAUUACUUAAAAACUUAUAUUAUAAUUUAUACCAUUUGUCGAAAUGGCAAUUGGCAAAUAAUGUACCACCAAGUGCUGAAUACAACCUAAUAAUAAAUUAGCCAAGUAAAUGUAAACUAAAAAAACAAUAGAUAGUAUUUUAUUAUCAACAAACUAGAAUAUUAUCGUUCUCUGUGUUUUAUAUUUUUUAUCUAAUAUAAUUUACAUUUUUAAAUACAUUUUUGAGUUUUUGAAAAAUGUCUUUGGUAAAUUGUGUUGAUUCGCAAAAUAAUUUAUCAGUAUUAGGAGAAGAUGAAUAUCUCUCGCAGUUUACAGUAUUAAAUGACAAGUCAAAAGGAAUUUGUUCACUGCUAAGUGUUGACGAACAGCUCAAAAAACUAAAUAAAGGAUUAAUGCAUAUGGAAACUCUGAUAUGUCACCAAGUUUACAAAAACCAUGAAGAUUUAUUGAACCAAGUAACGUGGAUUGAGAACCUUGAAAUUAUUAUCAAUGAAAUUUCAUUACAACUACAAAACUUACAGUCACUGGUUGAAUUAUUAAAAAGUAGAAUAACAGAACUAUUUUUAAAAGUUCAAACACAAGUAGUUAUCUUGAACAGAUUACAUGCCACAUGUGAUUUACUAAGAAAAAUUACAAGAACUCAAAGUAUUACAUUACAAGCAAUGGAUAAAGAAAAUAUAAUUUCACCAAAUAUAAUUUUUGAAAUUAAGGAAUUAAUAGAAGAUAAAGAUUUAAAAAGUAUAACAUUCUUGAGUAAAGAUUUGAUUAAGUUAAGAAAUAUAUAUGAAAAAAUAAAUAAAUACUCUGUAUAA